CCGCAGUCUCCAACAUCACUCUGUAGGUCCCACUAUCACCUUUCUAGCUUCAGGAGAGGAUGAGGUUGUUUUUGGGGACCGUGCGGGUACAAGCCGCCCUCCCGGGAUUGGAGACGAGGGACCGGCCGCCCCGGGGCAGCCCCGCGGAGCCUUCGGUUUGACCCCUCGACCCCCACCCCGCCUCUCCGCGCCGGGGCGCCAUGCCCUCCCCUCGCAGGUUCCUGGAGACGUCCACCUCCUUCCCGCUGGCCGCCGGCUGGGGCUGGAACGUGUGCAUCUACCUGGGGCUCUUCGCCGCGCUGUUCCUGCUCAUGGUGCUGCUGCUCUGGCUGCUGAUCCGCCAGCUGAGGAACUCGGUGGGGAACUCCGCCCUCCAGCCCGGCCGCUCCGUCAGGGAGCCCCUUGGACAGGUCCGCGAGCAUGUGCUGUGAGGGUCCCCCUCGCCUGCCGCCGUGGAAGGGGGCGGCGGACAUGGCCGCUUUCCCGCACCAUUGGCCAUCUCUCUGGUAACCCGAGAAUAGGGUGAGAAACAUUUUUUACUGGAGAU